UUGUACGAAAUUUUACGGUGAAAGUGACAAGUGCUAAUGAAAAAUUAUGGUGCAAUUGUGGAACGCUAGUCAAAGGACUGAUGCUACUGCAUAUCUACUGGUGUUACUAUCCUGUGUUCCAAACGUAGUAGCUAUUUUCGUUCCAAAACUACACACCAGUCUCGGCAAUGUCAGCGGUAGUACAGCUCUGCUCAGAGAGACGGCUUUUGCCGCUAGGGCCACCAUCGAGUUCCAGUCCGUUAACUCAUCAGACAACACAGUGCCAGGCAACGAAUCUCAGAACAGUUCAAAUUCUCCAUCAAUAUGCAUCGUUACGAGCAGUUUGGACGAUUUGCCACCCGAUUUGUUCAGCGAGGAGCAACGACUCGAGGGCGCAAUCGUACUUCACUUUCUGGCUGCGAUUUACUUCUUCAUGUUGCUGGCGUACGUCUGCAGCGAGUACUUCCUACCGUCAGUUGAAUGUUUGUGUGAGGAUUUGAAGCUAUCGCAGGACGUUGCCGCAGCCACCUUCAUGGCGACCGCUACUUCGAUGCCGGAAUUUUUCACAAACACCAUAAGCACGCUGGCGGUUGACUCGGACAUUGGACUCGGCACGAUUAUGGGCUCGAUGCUGUUCAAUACGCUCGGUGUGGCGGCUCUCGUUGGUCUACUCACCAAGAUGCACGUGCAGCUAGAUUGGUGGCCACUGACGCGCGAUUCCAUCAUUGUCACCAUCUCCACCACGUUACUGGUAGCGUGCGUUUGGGACGGGCGUGUUGAGUGGUAUGAAGCGAUGCUCUUCAGCAUCACCUACCUGCUGUACUUUGUGGUGAUGUUUAAAAACGAAGCAUUAAAAAAAAUAGCCAUACACUAUAUACAGGACCGCUGGAACCUUUGCGGGCGGUUGGAGCCAGAACCGGACGAUGGUACAAUAGAUCACAAAGUGCGCCGGAAGUAUUCCAUCUCCGUUUUAGGACACGCCAUCAACGGUGUUAUCGUAGGCAUAAACGAUGACUCCACAAAAAAAGAUGCUGCGAGCACGAUGGACACCGCCACGUGUCCCCCGAUAGAACCGACAGACACGCAUGCAAGAUCGGACAGUACAUUGGAGUUGAAAAGUGCAAAGUGGAACGAAUUGACACAUCUGCCAGAAGCGUCGUUUGCUGGUUGGAAAACGAUCCUGUGGUUCUUCACCUGGCCGUAUCGGUCGGUUGUGUUUUUGACCGUUCCCGAUCCACUCCGUUUCCGUAAACUGUACCCGUUGGCGUUUCUCUGCUGCAUCGGGUGGAUCGGGCUGAGUGCAUACAUCGUGUUCUGGAUGAUCUCGGUGAUCGGCAAUACGUUCGGCAUACCGGAUACGGUUAUGGGCAUGACGUUCCUUGCGUUUGGGGGCUGCAUGCCGGAGGCAGCGUCAGCGGUAACACUUAUUCGAAGAGGUAAUGGUGCAAUGGGCGUCUCGAACUCACUCGGUGCUAAUACGCUUGCAAUACUGUUUUCGCUCGGUUUGCCCUGGUUUAUCAGGACAAUGAUAGACGGUGGUCCAUCAACUGGCGCUUUUAUUGCGAUCCAGUCGUACGGUAUCCAGUACUCGGUGCUUGCCUUGUUUGCUGCCAUCUUGACGCUCUACGUUGUACUAUACAUUGCCAAAUAUACACUACGAAAGCUGGUCGGCGUUGCACUGGGUAUAGGAUAUUUGGUGAUCGUAACGUUCAUGAUCCUUGUUGAGCUUGAUCUCUUCUUCCCCGCUAACAACCGAUGCUAAA